AUGUUCGCCGUGCCCGGAUGGAACGUUGCCGCGCAGGUGAAGACUCAGGUCGAAGUACCAAAGCCGAAAGACUCUACAAAACCUGGAAAGAAGGCGCAGAAGAGGAAAGAGAAGCGCGAGGAGCAGCAGGUCAAUGCAGACAAUCUUGCAGAGCAAUGGGACAGCAUAGCCAAUGGAAAAGGUGCGGAGGUGGAGAAGACCGAGAAGACCAAGAAGCCAGAGGCAGCAAGUGUAGAGGCGACAGACGAGGCAACACAAGACAAGCGUGGAAAGAAGAGGAAGAGGGGAAAGGCUGGAGGUAACAAAGACAAGGAGGCAGACGCAUAUGGCGCAAAAGAAGUGGACGCGGAUACGGCGGCGGUAGCUGAGCCUGCAGAGGCUAAAGCAGAUGCUACGAAGUCUGCUGAAGAGAAACCCGCAACAGCCGACAGCGAGGCAAAGCGCGAGAAGAAGAAGCGCAGGAAGGAAUCCAAAGCCGACAAACUCCUCACCGCAAACGCAAACGGCACGAACCCCGCCUCCGCAGCUCCCGUCUUGGAGAACCUCCUCCCCGAGCCUAAGGGCCUCACACCUCUCCAGCGAUCGAUGCGCAGCAAGCUCGCCAGUGCGCGGUUCCGUCACUUGAAUGAAGCGCUUUACACAAAACCCUCUGCGGACAGCGCGUCUCUGUUCAAGGAAGACCCGUCGAUGUUCGAGGACUACCAUCGCGGUUUCGCACAACAGGUCGAAGUAUGGCCAUCGAACCCCGUAGACGGCUACGUCAACAGCAUAGUAGUACGAGGCAAGCUACGGAACAAGGACAUACGAAAAGACCGAAGAGGCCCACCAAAGAACGCAGUUCGCAGAGGCCCCGGUUUCGAGGAAGAAGAGACCACAGCCAUCGCACCACCCCGCGGAGACGCGAAGCCGCUUCCCCGGGACUUCAAAGGCCACUGCACCGUCGCCGAUCUAGGCUGCGGAACAGCCUCCCUAUCCUACCGCCUCCAACCUCAUCUCAAAUCGCUCAACCUGACAUUCCACUCCUUCGACCUCUCCAAACCCACCGGUCCCUCCGCCGACCUUGUAACUAUCGCCGAUAUCUCCGCGCUGCCCAUCUCUGAAAACAGCGUCGACGUCGCCAUCUUCUGCCUCGCCCUCAUGGGCACAAACUGGCUCGAUUUCAUCGACGAAGCAUACCGUAUCCUGCGCUGGAAGGGAGAACUCUGGGUUUCAGAAAUCAAAUCGCGCUUCGGGCGUGUGGACAAGAAGAAGGGCGGUGUACCUAUCAACUCCAUUGGUUCUCUCAAGAAGACUAUGGAUAAGAAACCUGCAAAGAAAGCUAAGGCUGAUAAGCCACCUGAGGAGGGACCUGUCGAUUCGGAAGACGAGGCCGAGCUCGCGGUCAAUGUAGAUGGCCAAGAGGGUAAAGAAGGAACGGAUGUUUCUGCGUUUAUUGAAGUGCUGCGGAAGCGUGGAUUCGUUCUUGAUGCUUUACCUGAGAGGCCUGGCGAUGCGAUUGAUUUGAGCAAUAAGAUGUUUGUCAAGAUGCAAUUUGUCAAGGCAGCGCAUCCGAGCAAGGGCAAGAACGCGAAGGAAGAUCAGAAAGCGGGGGCUGUGGCGCAGAGGGGUGGUGGUAUGAAGUUCGGACUCAAGGGGAAGAGGUUCGGUGCUGGUGAUGGAGAUGACGAGGGCGAUGCUAAGGAUGGUGCGGUCCUGAAGCCGUGCUUGUACAAGAUUAGGUAG